AUGUGCUUACCACAAAAGAUAGGCAGUCCGUUAGUUAUAGAAUUGUUUAUCUACUUCAAGUAUGCGCUUAGGGCUUACUCAAUACUGAUUUCACCUACUCAGUCGACAGCUAUUGUGUACAAUAUUGUAUUUUUAUGGAUCAAUCUAUCUAUCUGUAAAGGUCAUCUGUUAUUGGCUGCUGCAUUUUGCGCUGUUGAGUGUUACAUUCGUAUGUUACCAGGAUAUUUAAUGUAUCCAGUUUUAGCUGCUGCUUACAUUAUGUGCGCGUACAAGUUGUUGAAAUGGGGUUUCCAUCACGGAGAUUAA